AUGGAUCAUGGUGGAAAAGGGUUUGGUUGUUGUGCAUUUCUCCUCUGCUCCUUAAUCUCCUCUUCCUUGCCUUGUUCUGCAGUGUGGCAGCAUCCACCUCCCAUUCCCAAGAUAUAUAUUGGCUCCAGUAAACCGCGCCCUUAUUUCAGCGAUCCCAUUGCUAUUGGAUCUUUCCAUGCAAUCAAGAAAGGAAUAUUGACCUCCAAUUCUGCCGGAAAUGAAGAUCCCAAGGACUCCACCACCACAAGCUUGUCUCCAUGGCUUCUUUCGGUCGCUGCAACCACCAUGGACAGAAAAUUUGUCACUCGAGUAAGGCUUGGCGAUGGAAGAUUCUUCCAGUGCAGGGAGUUUAUGGUUUAUCAAUAUCCCUUAGUUUAUGGUGGUGACGUACCCAAUCGAGGUUUCAAACGCUCUAUCUCUAGAUGCAAUCUGGUACAAGGGAUAAUGCAAGUUCCAAUCCCCUGCCUGCUGCCCUCGUCAGCCGACAAGAUGCCAAUAGCUGAAGUUAAAGACUCCAGGAGUUCGCUUUACAAUAUAAUCUCAGGGACCUCCAUGUCUUGCUCACAUAUCACGGGAGUCGCAGUGUAUGUUAAAACAUUCAAUCCAACCUUGUCUCCCGCUGCUAUAAAAUCAGCACUCAUGACAACCGCUUCGCCCAUGAAUGCUAGCCUCCACUCACAGGCGGAGUUUGCGUAUGGCGCAGGCCAUGUCAACCCACUGAAGGCUGUAAAUCCAGGGUUGGUGUACGAUGCAGAUGAAAAUGAGUAUGUGAAAUUCUUGUGUGGUCAAGGUUACGACACGGCCAUGGUUCGACGUAUCACUGCCGAUAAUACUGCUUGCACUUCUGGCAACAUUGGAAGAGUAUGGGAUCUAAACCUUCCUUCUUUUGCACUUUCGGUAGCGGCCGGUUCGAAAGCCCUCAAUCAGUACUUCACUAGAACUCUCACAAAUGUGGCAUCCAGUGGAUCCACAUAUAGAGCUGCCAUUUCUGCCCCAAAAGGCCUUCGCAUCACAGUCAAUCCCUCUGUUCUAUCAUUUAAUCGCAUUGGGGAAAGGAAAUCCUUCAAUUUGACAGUUGGUGGAACAGUGAGUCGUAGGUUAGUCUCUGCUUCUUUGGUGUGGAGUGAUGGUGUUCAUUCCGUCCGAAGCCCUAUUACAAUCUCCACUUCCCGUUGAGGUCUAGUUAAGGUGGUGAGGGCC